AUGGUAUACCUUUGGGAGUCCAAGAUGGCUAGUGAGAACAAGUACAAGUAUAGGAUAGAAAUACAACAAAUGAUGUUUGUUUCUGGCGAAACCAAUGACCCGCCUGUUGAGACAACAUCGUUGAUUGAAGAUAUUGUGCGUGGCCAAGUUAUUGAAAUUUUAAUACAAACCACCAAGACUGCAAAUAGUCGAGGGUCCAAAAGCAUUGCUCCCGAGGAUGUGAUUUUCUUGAUCAGACAUGAUAAGGCAAAAGUCAACCGGCUAAGGACAUACCUCUCGUGGAAGGAUGUGAGGAAAAAUGCCAAGGAUCAAGAAGGUGGAGGAACAGAGUCGUUACUAGAAGGUGGUGCAGGUGGUGCAGGUGAAGGAAAUGGAGCGGGCGGCGCCGCGAACGGCGGCACGCCAGGACUGCAAGGCGCAAAUGACAGCUCUAAGAUGCUAUCGAGGUACAAAAAGUCCAAAAUUAGACUACCGUGGGAAUUACAGUUUAUGUUUAGCGAGCAACAUUUGGAAACUGCUGAAGAAAGCGAACAAGUGGACGAAGAAGAAAAAGCCGCAACCAUUGCUUCCUUAAAGCGCUUAAAAAUGGCCGAUGAUAGAACGAGGAAUAUGACGCGAGAGGAGUAUGUGCACUGGGCCGAGUGUAGACAAGCGUCAUUCACUUUUCGUAAAGCAAAAAGGUUUCGAGAAUGGGCCCAAAUGGCGCAGCUAUGCGAUUCGAGACCUAAUGAUGAUGUAAUUGAUAUAUUGGGAUUCCUUACAUUUGAAAUUGUAUGUUCCCUUACUGAAGAAGCUAUGAAUAUCAAGAAUUCAGAGGAUAAGCUAACUCAAAUUCAGAGAGAAAAGAACAUGGAACAAAAGAAACAACCUAAAAAGCGAAAGUAUUUGUUCGAUAAGCCGGAUGAGUUGGCCUCACCUAUUAUGCCGUAUCAUAUUGAAGAAGCUUGGAGACGAUUACAAAAGACCAAUUUUAAACACAAGGCUGCAAGAUCAUUUGGAGGUGGUGUUGUUAAAACAAGAACUAGAUUAAUUUAA